AUGUUGUCUUUAAUAUCUGUUCCAGCCGUCCCACGAUGGCUGUGGAUGUUGGGGUUAUUGUGCGAGCAUGUUGCGGCAGCCAACUCCGCUGUCUCGUCCUUCCCUGGCAACGAGACGGAGUCAUUGGGCUUCGCCUUCAUUACUGCGGACCAGCUAUUUACUGAAGGGUCCCUGGAGGGUGAGGAAGGAAGCAGAGCAUUCCAAGCCACUCCUGCUUCGGAAGAUACCACAGGCAGCAUGUCGCCACGUUCUCCGCGCGUUAAUAUCGUCUUCCCAAGAACGGAAGGCACAAACCCUGCCUUACAAGGAGGCGGUGUUCCGAAAGCUGACGGGAUCCAGCCCUACGGAACUCCCCCGUCGCCUGCCCACCACAACGCGAAAGAAGGACGCCGGAGCCUACGAGCCCCUCUCAGUGCCGCUGUCGUGUUCCUUGUUGUCUGUUUGGGGCUUCUCGCAUCCCGAACUUUCAAACUGCGAGCGGGACGAAAGCCUCUAGUAUAUCCUCACGUUCAGCAGCCACAGCAGAAGCCACAGCAGCAAGAGCGGGGCGGCGAGGCAGGCCCCAGUAGAGGGGAGCAAUUGCAUGAGCUGCAGAAGUUGCAAUCAUUGGCAACGUACCUGGCUGAAACAGUGGGGACAGACAGUUCCCUUGCUGCACUACAGCAAUUUCGGAGCAGUGUGCAAAGGGCUAGCGAGGCACAGCCAAGCAUCGUGACGGAUUCUGGGAGCACCACAGAGCCAAGUGAAAGUUCAAUGAAAGAAGUCCUGGACCAGAGCGUGUCUGCGCUGUCACAAUUAUAUGAGGCGGCUCGACAGCACGGCGUUUCUCUGGCUCAAAAGAUUCAACGAAGCAAUGACUCUUUUGUCUUUUCAGAGGAAGAGCUGCAAGCCAUGGGAGGUUACUUCGGUUCCGCCCUUGCAGCCUUGCUGGGUUUUCAUUUGGAAAGUCUUGAGUUUUCUGUAGACUUUCUUGUCAAGAACGCGGAGGCAGCGGAGAAGGAGCUAAGAGAGCUAGGGGAUUACAAAGAAGGGCAGGGACGGCACUUGCUAGCCACUGUUGUUGCAGAUGUAGAGCUAAUCAGGGCAGCACAUGAGGCCGUAGAAAUGCUAGAUGAAUUUGCCGGAAACUUGAAGUCCAGGACUUUUACAGUGCUUCUGUCGCACAUCCAGAAAGAGCAGAGGUGCAUCCACAGGGAAUGCCGGGACCUGUUAGAUGAGCAGCGGGUCCGGUGCAAGGUGGAGAACCAGCGGCAGCUCUCUCUUUCCCCCGUAGACACCUCCGCCUUAGAGAAACUCAAUGCAGUGGAGGGGGAGCUUCGCAAAGCAAAACAGAUGUUGCAGGUGCACCGUGAAAAGAUUGGAGAGUUAAGGAUGAAGAAAGACAUCCUGCCUGCUGCCGCUGCGAGUCAGGAGGCAAAAACUGUGGGAAGGGACUUAAAAGCCUUGCUGGAACAGGCGGCUAGUUCCUUAUCGGAGAUUGCUGGCACCGCAGGAGCGGAGUGGGCUGCUCAGGACAAGGAAGUGCAGCGCGUUAUGCAUUCUCUAACAUCAAGAGCCAGCCAAGAGGCCGCCACUGUCGCCGAUAUCGUGGGAAGCAUGCAAAAGGAGGUGCAGCUGCAGAAGCCCAUCACGCCGCCCUUUGCGUGGAUGCGGCAGAACCGGGGGAGGGAAAGCCCCGAGGCCAACACCUUUAUUAAUCCUUCUGUUGAAACGUUACUGCCGACCUGGCUGCAGCAAGUAGCUGAAAACGCACAAGCGGUAGCCAACCAGGCUGCCGAUGCAGCAGCAGAAGUAGGGCGGGGAGGCAUAGGUUCGACGGCUUCUGAGUCACUGCAUGCUGCAAGCAGAGCGACGAUGCUUGCAGAGGCGCUUAGCCAGGAGGCAGAUCUGCUGGGUCUGCGUGCGCAGCUCUUGGCGUCCCUGAAAUUCGAGAUGCAGGCUAGCGACAUUCUGGCGCGAAGAGCAGCAGCAGCAGCAGGAGCAACCGCCGAAACGGAGGAGUUCCAACACCACUGGCGUGUUAGUCUACCGCCCCACCAAAUCCAGCAUGUCCAAGAACUGCUCGACAAAAUAAAACUAGCAAAGGAAGAGACGUGGUCGGUGGGCAGUUUGAGGGCACUGGCUACGGCAGCAGCAGCUAUGAUAUCGGCAUCUUUUGAACUCAUAUCAAUUGUCCACGGAAACGAAAAACAGUGA